AUGUACACAUAUCGUUCCAAGUCGAAGCAUUCUGCUACCUCGUCCGAAACUUGAAGCGAGAGAACAUGAUAGUACUGAUGCAAAGUUCGCCGGGGGAAAUGUGUGGUGCCCGAGUCUGAGCUGGUCUGAGCUGUCCGAGUCUCGUAGUCGUAUCUAUUUAGUCACGGUCGUGCCAGUGCACACGCUUUUGUGUCGCGUGCAAAUCGUACGGUGCUUAACGACAAUCGCAUCAAUUCAACACUCAACUUUCACUCAAAGACUCGAUACAGUUUGUGACUUUGCAGAUUAUUUGGUUUCAAAGAUACGUAUUACAGGAACUUAGUGAUAGCCCUGAUAAGGGAACUGAUCGCGAGGCGUACUUUUCUAAAGAAUCGAAGAAAACGCCUUGCUAUGACGAUCGAGCUGCAGAUGGGCAUCGUCCAAUGUGCAUACCACUAAUAGGCAUGGAACAAUUCCAUGGUAUGAGUGAUGGAAAUAUAAAUAUAAGUGAUGUCAUUGAAGUCAUUGAAACCACCGAUCCUGGAUUUGCGGAGUCUAGUGGAAGGGAGGAUCACCCAUUGGUGGAGAUGAACGCUAGACGUCUAUUGCCAUAUAUCGAGAUAAUUGAACAGCCGGCAAGCAAGGCUUUACGCUUUCGCUAUGAGUGCGAAGGCAGAUCAGCUGGUAGUAUACCUGGUGCGAACAGUACACCAGAAAACAAAACGUUUCCUAGUAUAAGAAUUGUGGGAUACAAAGGUCGUGCCAUAGUUGUAGUAUCGUGUGUAACAAAAGAAGAACCAUACAGACCUCACCCUCAUAACCUUGUUGGAAAAGAGGCAUGUAAACGUGGUGUUUGUACGGUAGAAGUCUCGUCUGAAAAUAUGACCGUCACAUUUGCAAAUCUUGGUAUUCAGUGUGUUAAAAAAAAAGACAUCGAAGAGGCGCUUAGAAUACGGGAAGAAAUUCGCGUUGAUCCUUUUCGAACUGGCUUCGAUCAUAAAAGACAGCCUUCUAACAUCGAUCUAAAUGCAGUGAGAUUAUGUUUCCAAGUUUUCAUAGAAGGAUCUGAGAAGGCAAAAUUUAACCUACCAUUAAAACCAGUUGUAUCCGAUAUUAUAUACGAUAAAAAGGCAAUGUCGGAUCUUGUAAUAUGCAAGCUCAGUCACUGCAGUGCUUCUGUUGCUGGUGGUAUGGAAAUGAUUUUACUGUGUGAAAAGGUUGCAAAAGAGGACAUACAAGUGAGAUUUUUUGAAGAGAAAGAUGGGAAACUUUGCUGGGAAGGACUCGGCGAUUUUCAGCCUGCUCAUGUACAUAAACAAACAGCAAUCGCAUUCAGAACACCGUCGUACAACAAUCGCAUUCAAGUCGACCAACCGGUGCAGGUGUACAUUCAGCUCAGAAGACCAUCGGACGGCACAACGAGCGAACCAUUACCAUUUCAGAUGUUACCACUUGGUGCAGAUGAUCCAGAUUCGUUAAGGCGAAAGCGACAAAAGUUUAAUAACAGUCCAAACGCGCUAAUUUUGAGGCAUGUACAGGCAGAAGCUGAGAAGCAUGCUGCCAUGUUAAAUCAACCAAUUACGUACAAUUUUAACAUAAUCAAAUCGGAACCAACAGAAAGGAUACCUCCUUUUGGAGGUCCAGUUGCAAGUGGAGCAUCCUUUCCAAUGUACUCCAUGGGAACAACUUCUCCACAGCCACAGUCUACGAUGCAGGCUUUGAGACCUCAAGUAUCUCCAGGUCGCACACCAUCCCCUAUGGAUUACAAAGAUUACAGUCCGUACAACUCGCCUGUUGUUCAAUCGCAAUUAUCUCCUCAAUAUCAAUCGACAAAUAAUCGGGCAGUACAACCACCAUCGGCAGGAAUACAUGUCCAACAACAAUUUCCAUAUGUACACAACGCGUUACAACCACAGGAGGAAUUAAUGCUGGGUAGGGUGUUGCCUAAUUAUCAAGAAGAAUUACAAACGUUAAACAUUGCUGCAGGUGGAGUGGAAGCAACAGAUGUCACAAGCCUUUUAGAUAUGGACAAUCAACAGUAUAACUUUGACUCAAGUCUAAACCCGCUCGAUUCAGCGGAACUUGCCGCUUUUGGUACUGCUCUCUCUAAUAACUUAUCUAGUGGGUUGUCUAUCUCGGACUCUAAUAGGCCGGAAGCUAGCAGAGGAGGAAACCCCGAGGUGGUCAAUAUCGAAGAAAGCAGUAACAUGACGGACAGUUUUACAAGAAUUACUAACAAUACCAUACAAGAACUGUGCACCUUAAACAACAUGUUUAAACCUACGCGGCAAAUCGACAACUAAAGCGCUGUUGUAGAUUUUAUUGUUGUAUAAACGUGAUCUACCAAACGGAAAUAGUUUGUAAGUAACAUACUGCGAGAGUAAUUAUGUAAUAUUGAUUGUGAUAAAAUUGCAUUACCCAUCGUACACCUCUGUACAAAUUAACAGUCGUGUUACGUAACUCUACAAACUACUUUUUUGAAGUUGGUCACUUAUCUUAAACGUUGUUAAUACUUUUGUAUCAUUUCUGAUAUUGUUUUUUUAACAUCACGAAUUAAAAUAUUUAUCGAUCUAACUAAUGUAUAUAUAUAUAUAUAUACAUACAUACAUACAUACAUAAUGUAUAUAUAUGUAUAACAAGUGCUGUGACUGUGAUUAAAGUGUACCGAAAUCUACACGCUCUGACAUGCAUGCAAAGUGUCUCGACAAGGACCAUAAUUAACAUGAAAUAAAAACUCAUAGUGAACGAAAUACAUUGUGUAUUGUAAAAGACAAUCUGCAUGCAGUAUUCGUACAAAGUAAUAAUUGUUUAGGUAAGAUACCUCUGAACAAACAUUUCUCUUAGACAUCUUGUACGCUUACACAAAUGUUUGACUUUUAUUUUUUACACAUUUAUAUUUGCUACAAAUUUGUUUUGUAAAUAUAGUUUUUAUAUUAAGAGUAAUUUCUAAGCAUAAAUUGCUUUGUAUCCCAAUUAUAUAUAUACCCCGAUUAUAAAAACUCCAAUACAUAUUCCGUCCAGGCACGUUGAUUAAUCUUCAAAUAAAUUUCUGUCCUAAACUAAGGACUCAGUAUGCUAGUUUUGCGGUUACAUGGGAAAAAAUGUUAUAGUUUUUCAUCGUAGAUUUUUAUGUACACAAAUACUCGCGAUUUGUAUUCCGGUACCAGUUACCAAAUCGCUAUACUUAUUACACAGAGUAUUUUAUAAAUAAAAUAUCUGAUACAAAUAAGAUUAUACGUAGAUACAUACAUUUACUACAUGUAUAAAGUUACAUCUAAGAGUAUACUAUAAUUUUACAUACAAUUAUACGUGUAAAUAAACACAACUAUUGAAUUUUAAUAGUGUUUAAUCCAGUGUAUCGCAUAUCAUUAUGUACACGUUUUAUUGCAUAAUUGCUUGUUAGUAUUUACACAGCAUUACCACACAUUUAAUUCUUAAUUUAUACGUAUAUACAAGGCAAGUAGAAACGUUAUUAUUGUAAAGUACCUUCAAAGAAAUAAAUGGUCCAAGUAUCGUAAAAGAAUAUAUUUACGCAUAGGGAAGAGACUCGUUCCUUCACAGACACGUGAAGAAUAAAAAACAAUUUGUUCUUUUCCAAAAUGUAUUUACUUAAAAAUACAAUGAAAGUUCAAUUCUGAUGGAAUGGGCAGAAAUAUAGUCUGUGGUGUCGGUUACUGUUACGUCGAAAGUGAUGAUGCGAUGGUAUCCUGUACAAAAGUAGUUUGAACAAGAUUUAUGAACACACAAACCAAAUUCUUAGCCUAGGAUUUUCGUUUACGUUUAAUCGUAACAGGUGUCGUUACCAAAUUCAUUAAGUUUGUUUUUUUUUUUCAAUGCUUACCUAACAAACGUAGGGAUGUAACGGUAUCUAGGCGAUUAGCCUGAUUGAUUGAUUGAUUGAUUGAUUGUAAGACCCGUUAGCACCAGUAAAUAAUUUCCAGAGUCACGUCAAGCACUCGAGCAGAGAAGAGUUCCGUGAUCUCUGGCUUCGAGUACGAAACGGGAGUCCUUUUGUUAUUCCUUUUGGACAUGUUGCAAACGGGGCUCGGGAGUGUAUUAAUAAAAUUAAAUGGACCUAUACUUAUCGUGUAUGCAUUGUAUACUAUGAACGGUAAAGUACUCAUUUUUGCUCAGGCACCUGUACUUGAAGAUAGUUCUUUGUCAACGCAUUUGUCAAGGUACUAUCUUGAAGCGAACACGUGUAAAAUACAACAAUGGAUUGUGUAUAAAAGUGUAGAGUAACAGAGUUUUAGAGAUGGGUAUGGUCUGUAAACGGUACAAUUAUAAACUGCUAAUACGUACGCCUUUUACGUAUGAUUACGAUCCGGAUUUGAUGUUGUUGUAAACGUUACACGAUCCAUCCCAUCUCGUUGGAUUCAGUGUAGCAGGAUACAGUUCACGAAUAGCAGUUUUCUUUUUCUUUAAUACUGCCAUUUUUUGUAAUUUAUUUUCGGAUGUAUAACCCAUUACUACUCACGAGAACGAAUCAUUUUCUCUGAUCUAACUGCGUUUUAUUUAACUAUCUCAUUCGAAAAUAUUUGUACAUUAAAACGUGGGACAUCGUCUCGCAUUCAAAUUAUCGUUACUUUUAUUUAUUAUGCAGCUAUGGUACAAUGGUAUCGUAACCGCAAUGUCUCUUCACCCUUUCUUGUCUACCAGUCUCCCCGAAAUAAGUGGCAACAUGGACGUUCCAUUUGCAACGAUCCACCGACCCUAGCACAAAGAGCAUCUUUUUCAUCGUUUGGUAAACAGUGAAUUGCAUUUAAACUCAUUAAAAAAUUAUAUGAUACCAUUGGUAAUUUCCACAGCUAUAUGGUCAUUGAUAAGACACUGAUCACCAUGCACAACGGCAACUGUCAUAGUACAGAAUACUGUCACUCGUUCUGCGACAGCCAACGAAUCAUUGCUAUGAACAGUCCAUGACAAUGAAGUCAAAAUAAAACCACGAUACGUACAAUACAAAUUAAUUACGCUCGAAUAAGAGCAGUCGAAUAGGGAGAGUACACAUCGAUUUCGAGAUCGACGGUUACUUUGCAUCAUUGUCAACGAUUUUUUAAAUUUGCCACGCGACUUGUCUCUUAAAGUUGUUACGUAACUACACAAACUUAUGCUGUGUACAAAUGGAAUAUAGUUGUUUUUAGAGAAAUAAAACAUUAAUCUGCGGUAUUUGCACCUCGUAAAAUAAACAUUCUCUCCCUAUUCUGUGCCCUAAGCCUAAAGUGUAACACUUGUCCACAUUACAUUACGUUACAUAAUAUUAUCGUUAAUAAUAAAAUGUUUCUUAUUCCAUAACUUUAUACAUGCUAUGUAUAAUUAUUAUGCAAUGUUAAAGUCACACAUUACACAUCCACACUACCCGGCGCGAGCGUUGCAUUAACCUUAAUUCCUGUUUUUCUUUACCUUUUCUUAAAUCGAACAGGAGUACGCAGCAGUUUUUAGACUCUGUUUAAAAUUCUCUUUCAGUGUAUAUCGAAUAACGAGACAUGCCCGUUCGACUU